AUGUCUUCAGCCUUCACAAUUUUCACUGGCAUUUGGCCUCUAAAGACGUGGAUAACCCGGUGGCGCAAGCCUGCUGAGGAAGAGGCCACAGGGAGUUGUCCAGCGCCAUCUGUCAGGUCCAAGGUGUACGAGAAGACGCAUGAGGCCAUUGCACCUGGUGACGCCGAGAGUGACUCUGCUUCGCUCACUUACCAAAGCAUCCGGGAGCCAUGGGUAGAGAUUUCAACGCCUACCGGAAGCCAGCACGAUGGAAGGUCUCUUGCUCUCAAGUCCAAGUCCGGCUCUGACGGUGCUCCCGCCAGAGAGAAUGGUCAGGUCGAGACUUGUCAGUGCGGAGCUGAAGACGGUCGUGCUAGCACGCCUAAUCAUGACAUACCAAGCCACCGUGGCGAGCCUCUUCUGCGACGUGGAGAGCACGAUCCAUAUCUGAGCGACAUGAUACCGGCCCUCGAAAGGGUGAGACACACAAAUCACGAGGCCACACAGCUCAUAUUCGAAUGGAACUCGAUAAGCGCUCCUCUUUUCAAGCAAAUGGAAACUGUCAUCCAGUCAUUAACUGGGUUCAUGCACGGAAUGGCUGUCAUGGCCAACACUUCUGGAGUUCCCAAAGACUUUGCGCCACGGUUUGCAGAACUACGCAAGGAUUUCGAGAUGAUGUAUCGCGAGCAUUUUGCGGCCUUUGAGACGGAUCGUUCUCGCUACACAAAGACCGAGAAUGACAUAAUACAGACUCUUUACCGUUCCAGCAGGCUCCUGGACGGUAUACUCAGCGGCGAUCCUGGUGUAUCCUCAUUUGGACAGGAUUCUGACAUCUCGGUGAAAUCUAGUAGAGUGGAGCUUGAAGGCGAACUUAUCGAGCCAUCUCCAGGAGUUGAACGAUACUCAUCCCAGCUCGGCGAGGUAGACACUAUCCGGGAGAGGCUCGCAGAGUUACAAGCAGAAAUCGCUCAGCUUUCCCAAGAGCAAAUAUCUCGAGCCCAGUUUGGCCUCAGCCUAGACGAUGAGUCGUUACAGUUCUUGGAAGAGGGUCGGAUGCAAGAGCAGGUGAUUUUCGAGGAACUCGAGUACGCCGUACUCGUUCUGGACGCACUGGAACGACUUUUGCACGAGCCAGAAGCUCUACAGAUCCCCAUUGACCACCCGUUUGAUGGCGAGAUGGAGGAGGCUGGCUUGAUAGACGAAAUCGGCGGUCCAGCCAUCCCGGAGACCGUGGUUGCACCUUGGACCACCGAACAAAGUUGGCCGUUCCAGCUGGGGCUACAGACACGCACCAUGAAGUUUUCAGAACACUUGUCCGGGCCAAGUUCAGCCCCUAUCCACCCUGCCAACUUCAUCAACAGAUGGCUGUUACAGCGGAGCUGCUCGAUGCCUCGUCUUCUACGCCUGCUCGUUGCCCUCAUUCAGAAGCACCGCGGCGUCGUGGACCUCCAAAGCGCAGAGAGUGUCUUCAUAGACAUCUGGUUCAACGACGGGUCAGCCGCCGACUUUGCGAGGUACCGCACAUUCGCCGACCAGCAAUCGAAACUUGUCUCCGUGGGCGAUUCUCGACUUCUCCAGGCACGGACUGAUGCUGCUGGUACUGCUCAUGUUGGCUCAGCACCAUUACUCAAGAUGGGCCCUUCUGUAACAGCGCAGGACAUUAUUGCACAAGCAAUCCGUACGAGGGAUUUGAGCACGUCUUAA